CAAAGGUCACAGCGCCCGAACCAACCACGUUGAAGAACAGUCGUUGUAUUUGGAACCAGGAAAACAACUCGCGAAUCAAUAUUUCACUUCAUCGGCCAUUUUGCAAAUAACAGGCAGCAUGAACAAGGUGUAUAUCGGCAAUCUACCGCAAGACGUGGCGCUUGAAUCACUCUGUGAUGUCUUCGCCUCAUUCAACAUUGAGUUAUCUAACGUCGUAGUCAACCAGAAAGGCUUCGCUUUUGCCGACUGCAAAGACGCAAGUCAGACGGACAGAGCCAUUGAGUGUCUUAACGGAUACGGGUUCGGCGGCAAAGAAAUGAGCGUUGAGCACUCCGUACCUCGAGGCUCGCGUAGCAGAAAGGUGCAAGUCCGUAACAUCCCUUCUCAUCUUAAUUGGGAAGAGUUGGACAAGCUGUUGGCGGAAUACGGUCUGGUCGAAAAUUGCGAACAGGUUUCAACAGAAUCAGACACGGCAACGGUUAAAGUGACAUACAGUGCAAGAGCGGAGGCUCAAUCUGCAAUCCGUGAUCUUAAUGGCAAAUCAGUAGAAGGAAGCAUCCUUAAAGUUACUCUUCUUCCGGAUCCUACAGAUGCAAGUCGUCCACCUCGCAAUCGCUAUGGAAAUGGAUACGGACCAGGAUUCAACGGUCCCCAGCAAGGGGGAGCCUACCCCAACCGACCAAAGAACAUCCCAGAUCUUCCGACGAGGAUGUUGGUCCCAAGCCAAUACGUGGGAGCCAUCAUUGGAAAGGGAGGGGAUUCGAUUCGAGCAAUCACUCAGAAAACUCACGCAAGAAUUGACGUUCACCGCAAAGAUAACCCGGGAGCAACAGAAAAAGCGAUCACCAUCAAUGGUACUCCAGAAGCGUGUGGAGCAGCUGUGGGAGCAAUUCUUGACAUCGUACGCGAUGAAGAUCGUAAUGCUCGUCAAGCAGCUGGAACAUGGAAUGAUGAUGAUAUUCCAUUGAAAAUUCUUGCACACAACUCAUUGAUUGGUCGCUUGAUUGGAAAAGAAGGUCGCAACUUAAAGGCCAUCCAAGAGAAAGUGGAAACCAAGAUUGCAAUAUCAAACAGCAUGGCUGAUAUGCAACAGUGCAAUGCAGAGCGUACAAUCGCAAUAUAUGGUGACAAUGAUCGCUGUGCUGAAGCAGAAGUACUGCUGAUGGAGAAACUUCGUAGCUGUUAUGAGAAUGACAUGAUGAUUGCUCAGCAACAACCGCAUCAAUAUCCAGGAAUCAACUUCAACCAGUUGUCCAUGUUUGGUGGUUUGCAGGGCGGGUAUGGGCAUCCAGGGAUGCGCGAGUAUGGCAUGAACUACCAGGGACAGAAUUUCAGAGGACAAGGUUACAAUGGAGAUCAACGAGCUCAGAUGAGUGAGACCUGCACACUCUAUAUUCCUGCAGAAUCUGUUGGAGCAAUGAUUGGAAGCAAAGGAAGCCAUAUUCGAAAUAUUUCACGCAUCGCAAACGCUUCGAUUAAGAUUGUCCCACCAGAAGAUGGUGAUGAUGAGAAGCAGAGAAGAGUAACCAUCAUGGGAAGUCCGGAGGGGCAGUGGAAGUCGCAAUUCUGCAUCUUUGAUAAGCUGAAGCAGGAAGGGUUCUUCAAUGCUGAGGAUGAAAGAUUGACAUCGGAGAUGACGAUUCCUGCUGCCAUUGUGGGACGUGUGAUUGGAAAAGGUGGGAACAACGUUCGUGAACUUCAGCGUCUCACCAGCUCAGAGGUUGUCAUUCCACGACAAUCUGAAACCGAAGGAUUGGAGGAAGUUCCGGUUAAGAUUUGUGGAAAUUUUUUCGCAAAUCAAUCGGCUCAGAGGAAGAUCAGAGAGAUGUUGAUGAAGUCCAGAGAGGCAGAACGUAUUGGAAAGAUGCGCGAACGCCAGAAUCUACCAGUUCCUGGACCCGGACCAGUUACAGUCAACAACUAGGAGCCCACUACCACACAACCUUGUGUUUCGGACUGUUACAUAACAACUAACCAUUACACCCCAUGCUAAUUCUUUGUUAACUGAUCCUCCUAGUUUCAUGGACAUGCACAUGUAAUCUAGCUAUUCAUUAGUUGUGUUAAAUUUCUGUUCUGUGGUGUUUUCUUUAAAUCAAGUCCCAAAAGUAGAACUUAAUUCUGCUUUCGUUCCUGUUCUGGUGCCCAAUGCAUGCCAACUGUAAAAUUGAAUGUUUGAAAAACCAAUCUCGUGGUUGAGUAGUUUUGCCCCCAACAUCCGGCGUACGCUGCUAAGUGGGUUAAGUUGUUUGCGAAAUUACGUUAAAAUUACUUUCAAAAUUACGUUUUUACUGGGUUAAAACGCAGAGAUACGAUAGCCGAGCAUAUCUCUACCAUUUCGGCAAUUUUUUACUCUUUUUUUAAAUACUUUUCUUUUUAAGUCGGGGGGGGGGAUUUUUUUCUUGCAGUUUGUAGCGAUUUCCUUAUUUUUGUAUUUUUAUUUUUUACGUUUUGAAGCCGGUUGCUGCCGCCUAAUUGUGUUUCAAGUUUUGGUUGAAAGCCACCGUUUCAUUGGCUCAGUAAAAAUCAACUGAAGCUGUAUUGAUCUAAAAAACUCAACGGCAUUUUAAGUUUUGUUCGUUUUUGACCCAGACCCGCAUAAACUUGACCCAGGACUGCACCAGUGAUUCAGAAAAGCCUAAAUAUCAUUUGGGAAUCGACGUGAUUAUUGAACACUGGAUUGAUGGAUAUUCACUAUCCAACCAUGUACAGAUUGUGAUGUCAUAAUGUGUAUCUAUCCGAACCUGACCAACAGCUGUUAUGAUGUCAUAAAUGGUGUAAAAACCACGGAGUAAAAGUAGUAAUUAGAACGUUGCUGUAACUAUGGUCUCCCAUAUUCGGUAAAUGUGACUAUAUUAUCGUAGCCGUGAUUUGCUUGUUUGUAAACCUGGUUACAUUUGGAUCCGGUAACAUUGCUGUAACCACUUGGAUUUAAAAUGCAUACAAACUGCACCAAAUGUAAUCAUUCAAAACUGUACAUUGUGUGUUCCUAUGUAG